ACUUUACGCAGCCGUUUCAUCAACACAACUCAUCAUGCAGACACCCAGGCGCUUCUCGGUGUGUUUACAGAUAGAACCGACGCUCACCGAUUCCCCAGACCAGCUCCGAGUGUGGACGAAGGCCGUCUCCCUGAAGUUUCUGUGGUUUCGACGUUACUGAACUUUUCCCGACCAGCACGCCGACUGGCAGCGGACAGACGGGUCCCUUCCCUCACAAAGCCACUUUAAAUCACAGACCCUGCGGAGCGGUGACCGAGCCGAAAUGUGGAGGAGCACAAUGAAAAGCCGGCGAUGAUCGAACUGGUGGAAAGUUGGGAGAGACGGCGCGUUAAAGUGGGAUGAGCGUAAAACCGAGAUGUUUUUGAAGGAGGGUUCGCUUUAAGAAGGGGAGCUGUCCGUCCCGCUCGCGUGCCUCAAACUUGUCGACGUGCGAGGUGGCCAUGGAGGAGCAGGACGGGGAGAUCACGGACAUUGAACGGAGCUCCUCCGUGGAUGAGAGCAGGCUGGUGGUGGUGGUGAACCACAGCCGGGUCCGUCCUCCGCUCAGCGUGCUGCUGGCCACCGGGCUCUACUGCGCCGAGUUCGUGACCGCCUCGGUGCUGAGCAGCAGGUACCACAAGACGGACGACACCGUGUGGAUGGGCUUCACCAUCGCCUUCAUGCUGCUGCCCGCCGUGCUCAUCCAGUUAACUUUAACCUUCAUCCACAGAGACCUGGGCCGGGACCGGCCCCUGGUUCUGUUUCUGCACAUGCUGCUGCUCGGACCAGUGAUCCGGUGUGUUGAGGCCCUGUGGGUCUAUUUUAAGGCUGGUAAGAAGGAGGAGCCCUAUGUCACUCUGUCCAGGAAGAUCAGCCUGAAGAAGGGCCAACAGACGCCCAUGGAGCUAGAAAUCGGCCAGACGGAGCGCAUGCUGGCCGUCCACAGGAACGCCUUCAAACGCACCGCCGUCAUUCAGGCCUUCUUGGGCUCCACGCCUCAACUGACCCUGCAGCUGUACGCCACCAUCCAGGAGAAAUACGUGCUCCACACGAGACUGGCUCUGAUGAUCAUCACCCUCAUCUCCAUCACCUACGGAGCGCUCGUGUGCAACGUUCUGGCCAUCCAGAUCAAAUACGACGACUACAAGGUGCGUCUGCGCCCUGCCGCCUACCUGUGCAUGGUUGUGUGGCGGGGUCUGGAGAUCGCCACCCGGAUCACGACUCUGGUUCUGUUCAGCACGGCGCUCACUUACUGGGUGAUCCUCAUCGGCGGGCUCAACCUGCUCUUCUUCUUCUUCAUCCCCUGGGUGGAGUUCUGGGCCAAGGGCGGCUCGUUGACCGACGACGUGGAGAAGAACUUCUCGAAGCUGGGCACCGCGGUGGUGCUGUGCAUGUUCACGCUGCUGUACGCCUGCAUCAACGUGUUCUGCUGGUCGGCGGUGCAGCUCGACCUGACCCACCGGGAGCUCAUCGAGAGGAAGCAGGUCUGGGGCGGCCUGGCUAAGUACUACUCGGCGCGCUUUGUGGAGAACCUCCUCCUCAUCACGCUCUGGUACUUCUUCAAGUCGGACUUCUACGAGUACGUGUGCGCGCCGCUGCUGGCGGUGCAGCUGCUGAUCUGCUACAGCCUGGCCGUGCUCUUCAUGCUGCUCUUCUACCAGUUCUGCCACCCCUGCAGGCGCCUCUUCAAGUACAACGUCCACGACUGUCUGCGCUGCGUCUGCUGCCGCAAAGGGAGGCGCGGAGCGGGGGGCGGGCGGGCCAACCUGCCGCCUUCCUACUCCACAGCUGCCACCAUGGUUCUGACUUCAGAGGAGCCGCUGGGGCUGCUGGACCCUCAGAACUCGCAUCCUCCCAACAGUCAGCCGCAGGAUCUAGAGACAGAUUGUUAAAGACACGAUACAAUGAAAGAUGAGGCAUGAUAUUAAAUUACAGAACAAACUGAAUAUUUCCCUCAAGUGAACAAAACGACUCAUUUUUCAUCUCCUGACGUCUUUAUUGAGGACUCUCACACAUACUGGGGGGCGGGGCUAACCAAAGAAUGUAACGCGUCCAGGUAUGCUGCGACGCACAAUGGCGUCUGUUGAGAGAGCAACACUGAGCCAGGUGUGAGGAGGAAAAUGUGCCAAGUGUGUCUGAAAUGAGUGGGACUCUCCCAGUUUACCUCUCAGGGUUUUCCCGUCUGCACACGUUCACACUCAGCCUUUAAAGACAAAUAUCACUGCAGGAAAUAACUAA